GGAGCGGUGCCUGUGGGCAGGGGCUGGAGACUCCUGGUGAGGGAGCUGCCUCUCGCUCUGACAGGUGGUCGUGUGGGGGUCUCCCCGAGGUUUGCGUCUUCACCGGGUCCCAGAUCCUGGGGGUCAGCGAAGGCGCGGGGCUCCUGGGUGCUUCGAAUCCUGAUGAGGAUGCUGCCCAAGCGCCAGUCUUGGGCUGCUCCUUGGGAGGACUUUUAAAACUGCUGUUAUCUAAUGGUCCAGCCUGGACCUCUGUAUGGCUUUUCAAUUUUAGUUGAAAUUCCCUCCAUGGCCUUUUGGAGUCCCUUGGUGUGUCUCCAGAGUAAAUUUCGAUUACUCUACUUUUCAUCAAUGUUGGAGUGGCAAGACAAAGAAGGAACUGAUUUGGGGUGAAAAGUUUUUUCCCCCUAGGCAUAACAAACUGUAAACUUCAAAAGAAAAAAGAAAAAACGGAUAAAGCAAAGAUGGGUGAAAAGAAACCAGAGCCUUUGGACUUCGUGAAAGAUUUCCAGGAAUAUCUGACUCAGCAGACUCAUCAUGUGAACAUGAUUUCUGGAUCAGUUAGUGGGGACAAAGAAGCAGAGCCUCUUCAGGGAGCUGGAACAGAUGGUGAUCAAAAUGGACUCGAUCACCCAUCUGUUGAAGUUUCCCUGGAUGAAAACUCAGGAAUGUUAGUAGACGGGUUUGAAAGGACCUUUGAUGGGAAGCUCAAGUGUCGGUACUGCAACUAUGCCAGCAAAGGAACAGCCCGGCUUAUUGAACAUAUUAGAAUCCACACAGGUGAGAAACCUCAUAGAUGUCACUUAUGUCCAUUCGCAUCUGCUUACGAGCGUCAUCUGGAAGCCCACAUGCGUUCCCAUACAGGAGAAAAACCAUACAAAUGCGAAUUAUGUUCCUUCCGCUGCAGUGAUCGAAGUAACCUGUCCCAUCAUCGAAGGCGCAAGCAUAAAAUGGUACCAAUUAAAGGUACUAGGUCUUCCUUAAGCAGCAAGAAAAUGUGGGGAGUUUUACAGAAGAAAACAGGCAAUCUGGGCUAUAGCAGAAGAGCAUUAAUCAACUUAAGUCCGCCUUCCAUGGUGGUUCAGAAGCCAGACUACCUUAACGAUUUUACCCAUGAAAUCCCAAAUAUCCAGACUGACUCCUAUGAAAGUAUGGCAAAAACCACAUCAACUGGUGGCCUACCACGGGACCCCCAAGAACUCAUGGUUGACAACCCUUUGAAUCAGCUCUCAACUCUGGCGGGACAGUUGUCUAGUUUGCCACCGGAAAACCCAAACCCUGCAUCUCCUGAUGUCGUGCCCUGCCCCGACGAGAAGCCUUUCAUGAUGCAGCAGCCCUCAGCCCAAGCAGUGGUUGCUGCCGUGUCGGCGAGUAUUCCUCAGAGCUCCUCUCCCACAAGCCCUGAACCUCGGCCGUCACAUAGUCAGAGGAACUAUAGUCCGGUGGCAGGUCCGAGCAGUGAACCAAGUGCCCACACGAGUACUCCCAGCAUAGGAAACAGCCAGCCGAGCACUCCAGCUCCGACCCUGCCGGUCCAGGACCCGCAGCUUCUGCACCACUGCCAGCACUGUGAUAUGUACUUUGCCGACAAUAUCCUUUACACUAUUCACAUGGGAUGCCAUGGGUAUGAAAAUCCUUUUCAGUGUAACAUAUGUGGUUGCAAAUGUAAAAACAAGUAUGAUUUUGCCUGUCAUUUUGCAAGGGGACAGCAUAACCAACACUGAUUGAAAAUAAUCACAUUAUGCUUUACUUGGUUUUACCUUUUUGUGUUUUAUAGUUUUGUUUAUUGGUUUUUUCGGGGGGGGUCACUCCUAAUAAGGUGUCUGCUAAUUUAAAGUCUACAUAUUUAUAGAAUAUAAGUUUGACAGUGGAAACAAAAUUUUUUUUUUCUAUAAAAAUCUGGGCAGGCUCAUUUAUGUAUUAGAGCAGUGCGACAGGUUGGUGUCUAUAUUUUCCUUUCACUUAGACAGUUGAGAAUUGGAGUGCAGUCAUAAUCCUAACAGGUAUUCAUUUAAAUUUCCCAUACUUACGGUCCAUAAACACUUCAAAGCUUACUGAUACUCUUGGUAUUUCAACGUAUACAUUGCAGCUAGAUAUUAUUUCUGCCAUAUUUCAACAUGGUAGAAUUACCGUCUCUUACAAAGUCUGUUAACAGCUUAUUUCAGUGUUUAGUAGAGGAAUUACCUUUAACCUCGUUCUUCGUCAAAGUGCUGUUUCAUUCACAUUGCUGAACGUUCACAGUACUUUCAUUUUACCCGAUAAUCACAGAGCUAUUUAGUGUAGCAGAUCCUUCUUUUUUUUUUUUUUUUUCCCUUAAGGGGAAAUGUAGAAGGGGUCAUUCUUUUUAAAUUCAAGUUAUAAAAACUUGAGGUAAAAGUUCUAAAAAGAAAUGAAACCUAAAUUGAAAAAUGGGGUUUAAUAAUACUUAAGAUACCUGCUUAUUCAAUUCCUAGUUUAAAUGUGUCAGUUUUCCAUUGGAUUGUUUUUAUUCUGGUUUAUUGUAAAAACCACAUGAGAAUGCUAGAAAUAUCAGAGGAUUAUCUAUAAAGAUGCCUUUUUUUUUUUUAAUUUGAACCUUUCAUUUAAAUUCUUCACUCUGACAUUAGUAGUGUCAGGUAGAGAUUGAUAAGUAUACUGAGAAUCUGUUAUUCCUCCUAUUCCUUUGAUGACCAAAGAGGUACGGUGGGAGUCAUCCAUCUUAUUCCUUGGAAAUGCAGUCCCUCAAAAGAAAAAAAAAAUCUCUGAAGUUUCCAUUUCCUGCCUUCUAUUUCAUUUACUGCCUGUAAUUUCCAAGAAGUGGGUAUAGAAACACAUGGGAAAAUAGGAUGGUGAAGUAAUAUUUAAAAAAAUGAGAAUGUGUGUCCAAAACAAAUUCUGGUUUUCCCUUCAGAAUUGGCCAUUUAAAAUAUUUUCUGUGAAUUCAACUUGUAAUGCUUAUUUGCAGUUCUGCCAGUUUUUCAUGGACAGUGACAAAACUAAAUGGAGACUGAAUCGUCGCCUUAGUAGGAAAUGGUACAAAAGUGGGAAAAUAGAUAUAAAAUGCAUUUAAAUGUGAUAUUUGAUUUGUUUACAAAAAUAAGACUUGCUAAAUCUAGAAUAAUUUUGAAUAGGAGGCUAUUGUUUUUAUAUUGUGUGAUAACUAGCUUACUCUGAAGAGAGCUUGGUCAAACAAUAAAAUAUAUUGUUACUAACUGUUGGUUUCUGUGUACUUUGCAAAAGUUUCAUUUGUAAUUUGGUUCAGAUCUUGAAAGUGUUGCUAAUUGGCUUCUUAAAGAGAAUACCCUAACUAUGAAGCAUUUAUGAAGCAAAAAGGACCUCCACUCUUCGAUAGUAAAUAGAAAGGGAAAUACCGGCGGUCAGCGUCCACCGAGACCCGCACGUGCCAAGUUACCGCAUCUCCUGGCCUCCCUUCCAGAUGCUAGAAAGCCAUUAAAAUGAGUUCUCGUGGUUUAAUACCCAGUCGAAACUAACCUCAACAGCAUUGUUCAAAGAUCAGCAAGGAGUCUGUCCAAACUAUAAAUAAUUCUCCUCCUUGUCAAAUCUGAGGCUUCUGAAUCUACAGUUGUGUUUCUCUUGUUGCUCAAAUCACUCAUUGCUCAGAUCAGCUUGAAUGCAACCAUUUCCAAAUGUGGAACUUGGCUGUAGUAUUUAUUUAUUGCCAGAAAGAAACAGGUUGCUGUCACUUGGAAGCUUUUGUAAUUAUUUUCUUCCUUCUCACUUUUUUUCUAAACGUAAAAGCAAUACCCUGAGAUAGAAAAUGAAAGCUUUCAUUAAAGAGAAAGAACCCUCUUGUUAAAACCAGUUUAUUAACUCUAUAUUCUGGGCCAAAUAGUGACAAACACUUUUUUUCUGGCAACUAAAGAUAGAUGUUUUGAAGGUACAUUUUAAUUUAAACAGAAAAUAUCUUUUUUUCAUAAUUAUAAAACUAGAAUGUAUAAUUCUAAUUUUCCUAUGACUUUAAAGAGCACAGUUGGUAUUCCAAAGGUGUCAAUGCUUGAGAGCUACAAUUAAUUCUAAAUGCACUAAAGUUUUUGAAUCAAAUCUACCUUAUAAACUUUUUUAGUAUUGUAUUUUUAAAAAGAUUUAGGAUUUUAUUUAAACUUUCUGUGAGUUAAAUUUUAUACAUGGAAAGAUGAUACUAUCUUCCAUUAAGUGUUGAAUACAUUUCUCCCAUUUUAUUUUUAAUUAAAUAUUUUAUAGAAAUGAGCUGCUAGGAAAAGUUGAACAUGAAUUAUAGUACUUUGCUGUUAACAGGCAAUGUUCUGAAACUAAAUGUAUUUUUGUUCAGUGAACAUAAGUUUAGAUUUUUAAAGUUGGUAGAUAAUUUAUCUCCACUAAUAUUUUUUUAAGAAACUGUGAAGAGAUUAACGGAAUAAUUUCAUUUCAGAUUUUACUAAUAUAGUAUGUAGCUACAACUUCUUGAAAUUCAAGUAAAGGCUAGACUUUUACUUUGAAUUAUUUUCCAGUGCUAUUUCAUUUUAGAAAUAAAUGUUUGCCAUUCAUCUGCAGAAUUGUUUGACAAAGGGAAUAUUACUUAAAAAAUGUUGAGAUAAACCUCAUUUUAAGUUCUACAAAAAUAUUUAUCAAGUGGAUGUAUUAUUUAAAAAAAAAUUCCCUGCUAAGGACUUUUUCAUUAAAUAGUCUUAGAGGGAGGGUAUAUGAUUUCUAGAACUUGUUUUUGUCAAUUUGUACUUUGAUGUAAAGAACAUAUUUUGUAUGCAAAACAUAAACCUUGAGUAUGGUUGCAAAACACUAUAUUGUUUAGGGAUUCCAGAGAGCAGUUCAAUGCUGAAAUACCUAUAAUAGUCUGUAGUUCCUAUUGUGAAUGAAGCUUUGCUUUUGUAAUACAUGAAUAAAACAAAGUAACACUU